GUUCCGGGUCACAAUAUGGGUGAAAAGUCGGGAAAUCCGUACGACAUGGAUGGCCCGUCCUUUGAUGCCGACCGUUACCUACAGAAACUGCUAAAGGAGUGUUCCCUGAAACAGAUAAUGGACACGGAGGCAGCAAUCGUGCGGCAAACGCAAACCCUGCACAGCGACAUGCAAACGCUGGUGUACGAAAACUACAACAAAUUUAUCUCGGCCACCGACACAAUCCGCAAGAUGAAAACCGAAAUGAAUCUACUGGAAACUGAAAUGAACCUGCUGAUGGUGAACAUGCAGUCGAUUACGGACUUUAGCGAACGCAUCACGGACACGCUCCAGGGCACGCGAUCGCAACUCACCCGACUGUCCGGCAAGCACCAGCUGCUCAAGAAGUUACAGUUUCUCUCUUCGCUACCGUCCAAGCUGAAAACUCUGAUCGAGGAAGAAAACUAUCAACAAGCGGUUCAAGAGUACACGCACGCCCAGAAGGUACUGCAACAGUACGGUCAGCAACCCUCGUUCCAGGGUAUCCAGGAUGAUUGCGUUAAGAUUCUGGAUGAGCUAAAGGGUCGCCUGAAGAGUGAUUUCCGUCAAACGGGGAAGCCGGCCCAAACGCUGACCGAAAUCGGUGAACUGUUACUUCAGCUGGGCGAACAGCCGUCAACGUUGGCCAAGGAGGUGCUCGAGUGUGCGUCCAAACGGUUCCACGAGCAGAUUGUGAUGUUGCAGGAUCAAACCGAUCGCGAUAUGAUCGAGUUCAUCGAUCUCGGUAUCGAAGGUUUCCUAAAGGACCUCACGCUGGUGAUCAGCUCUUACAAUGAUAUGUUUCUCACCCGUCAUAUCGAACAGGAGGCGGACAACUUCGAGCAAAUCGCUCGGCUCGAUUUGAACGAGUUUGUGAAUCGUAACGUCGAUGAGUACCUGGCACUGGUGCAGGACCGGGCCGAGCUGGAGAUCGGUCACGGCGACUCGCAAAUCAUACUGCGCGGUCUGGAUCGGUUGCAUCGGCGCAUGACGGCCAUGAAAACGCUCUGCCGAUCGCUCGAUAUGACCCGGUCCGGGCUCGAUAUUAUUGUGAACGCGGCCCAGCAGCUCUGCCUGGCGCAUAUGAAAUCACUGAAAGAUCAUCUCACCGACAGUCUCAGUUCCGUUCGGUUAGCCCUCGUAUCAUCCACUUCAUCGCAGUCCACCACAAGCAACCCGUCCUCGGUGGCGUCGCCAAGUGGCUCCACCGUGGGGCUGCCAGUCGUCGGCGGAGGGCAGACCGUCACCACGGCCAACGGUGGCCUCCGUGAGCUCAUUUCUAAUUUGUACGUCUCCACGAUCGAGAAGGUGAAAGGACUGAUGCAGGACUUGCUCAUCUUCCUGCAGCCCGAGUGGUCGUUCAAUCUGAAAGGUGACCCGAAAGGCGUCCAGUGUAUCGAAGGUAUUCGCGAAAACCUACUCGUCGCCUUUUUGCACCACUUUUGCGCCACCGUCAAUAGCUACGGGAGCGUGAGCUCGGCCGCCCCACCUACGUUGCUGCUGGUGCUGUCGAAGGUCUGCCUCGAGAUGGAACGGGCCGGCGUCCACACGCUAACGUCGCUCGUCGACGAGCUGUACAAUCUCGAUUCCGAGCGCAGCGUUACACUGGUGCACGAGUCGGAACUGUGCACCGAGAUGCGUGAUUCCGCCCAGCAGCUGCUCGAUUCGUACGUCCGUCAGCAGGGACUGAAUCUCUCGCAAAUGCUGCGCAAAAGCGUGGAAACUCGCGACUGGCUCAACUGCCUCGAGCCACGUUCGGUGCGUGCCGUCAUGAAGCGGGUGGUCGAGGAGAUGUCCGCGAUCGAUCUCGUGCUUGGCCAGCUCUACGAUGGUUCCGUGCACGGUGCGGGGGCACGCACGGCGGCCAGCAGUGAUUCCAGUCGCAAAACCCACUUCAGUAUUGCCGCCUCGAAGCAAUCGCAACAGUACCGGUCGACGUGGUCCACAUACACCCCUUCGCAGCUGGACAGCAGCUUUGUGUCGAACAUUCAGCGACUGUUUUCGGAAAAGAUUGAAAUCUUUGCCCCGGUCGAGUUCUCUAAGGUGUCCAUCAUUACCGGGAUCAUCAAGCUGUGCCUGAAGACGCUGCUCGAGUGCGUACGGUUACGCACAUUCAGCCGCUACGGAUUGCAGCAAAUUCAAGUCGAUGCACACUACCUGCAGAUGAACCUGUGGCGUUUCGUGAACGACGAAAACCUCAUACACGUGCUCCUCGAUGAAAUCCUCGGUUCCGCCGUUCUCCGCUGUCUCGAGCCGAUCCUGAUGGAACCGAAUGCCGUGGAAAUUAUUUGCGAACGCAACUAAACCAAACGGGACGGUCCCACCGCUAACAUCGGCAUCAAUUCGAACAUUCCAAGCUAUGUAGUAGAAUUAGAUUAGCGAUUAGCGAUUAACUUCCCCCUUGAAAACUGGAAUCGUUUUCCGUCGUUUCGGAUCUAGCUUCCAGGAAGCGAAAUAAAGGCCAACACAAAAACCAGUGUUUUUUUUACU